AUGGUUGCUUUCUUGCAAAGUGGCGCGUUUCCGCUCAACGGCAAGCUAUGGAGUUGGACGGCGUCUCCUAAAGGGAGGCCUCUUCGCUGCGAGCGGACCCGGAAGCUGUCGUGGCGUAGAGGCCGUGGCUCCUGGUCGGUGCGGGCGUCGCACUCGGGCGAGACGGACCCACGACUGGUGCAACUUGGUGGAACAGACCGCACAGGAACCUCAGGCGACCACGAAAGGUUGCUGUGGGAGGCGUUAGAGCGCGACGUGAGCGAAGCUGAAACCGUAGGUAAGCUUCCACAGCCUUUGAGGACAGAGCUUUUGUCGAAAAUAAGGGAAUUUGUAGAAGAGGUAGCGCAGCGUCAGUCAGUGCACGAUCUGAAAAGUGCGGAUUUCGCACUUAAGGAUGAGGCCCUAGCGCCCGACAGUCAGUGGCAGCUCGUUGAACCUAACGAACCGUCGGACGCGGUUCGCUCCACCCAGCCCAGGCGUGCAUCGAGUUUUGGGCCGGCUGCUGACUGCCUCACACAAAGCCCGCGAGAUCGGCUCGCUUCUCAGCCCGGAGGCGCGGACUUUAAUCAAAACGGCCAAGAACGCCUUGCAGGCAUCAAUACCUCAGGCGUGGACAGCCCUGAGAAAAGGUCAGUGUGUCCGCCCACUGCCGUACACAGAAGGAGCACUGUUUCCGUUCACGCGGAAGAGUGGACUUGGUCAGAUGAUAGCGCGUACGACCCGGUUGAUGGAGCGAAUGAAUACAGACCCGAACAACAACUCAACUCUGAUACGCCAAACCCGAUACGAGGGAGUGCAAAAGACCCCUCUGAAAGAGAUAUCAAAGCCCAGGAGUCCGCGCACCACGCUACCGAGGAUCGAGAAAUCCUCUCAGAAUUGUCGGAAGUCGAGCAUGCCAACGACGAUCGUACCCUGGACACACGCGAUGCGUAUGGGCGGAUGCAGCAGCGCUUGCGCCCAGCGUCACGCACGCAAAUGCGCAUGGAUGUGCCUGGCAACGACACGCAGCGCGCGCGCGAAGAUGCACGAAUCGGCCCCGAGCAGCCUGUGUCGCAAGCAUCGAUGCGCCCUGGGAAACGCUAUCGACGGCGAACUGGGAACGGGACACGUGUCGGGAUAGCGACCCCCGAGCCGGAGCAGCCUCCGGCAUCGCGCGCCCUGCCAGAGCGGCUCGCGAAAGAUGCCCAUGACUCCGCAACGGAUGAGGAAGUCUUCAGGCUGGCCCGAAUGUAUUAUGCUCAGUUUCGAGGGAUGCUAAGUCUCGCACUUCGAGAGGUAUCGGAGUGCAACGCUGAACGGUGGAAUCGACGCGAGAGGCUCACGAGUCGUCUCCGCUCGACCCUGGAGGGUGCCAUCGCGCUUCUGGGAGAAGCGGGCACCGAAAGACUCGUGACUACCAAUGACAUGAACGAUCUGCUGAGCUGCCUCGCGGGGCUGCGUUUCCUCGACGAGCUGGAGGAGGUCCUCGAACUGAUGGAGUCGCGAAAUAUUCCACGUGACAAUCGCACGUAUACCCUCGUGCUAGACGCCCUCUGCAAGGCGAAGCGCAUUGAUACCGCCAUCGAUAUAUUUGAGAACUAUGUGGUUCGUGGGGCCGCCCAGGAUGGAGCACCCUGCGGCGGUCGGCAUCAACGCGCUAGUCGAGUGCAUCCUACCCUUGUGAUGUACAAUAUACUUAUUGGGGGCUGCGCACGGACCCUGCGUCUGGACAAGGCGUUUGAGUUUUUCGAACGCCUACAGAGUCCUCCUGACAACUUUUCGCCGGAUACCCAUACAUACUGCGCUCUUCUGGAUGCCUGCGCUAGGUGCAGUAACACGGAGCUCGCGCUGCACGUCUUUGAAGAAAUCGAGCGCAAGGGCGAGCAGAUAGACAGUGCGGUGUACGGAGCUCUGCUCGCGGCAGUUGCCCGCUCUGGAGACCGUCGCCUCGCGUUCGCUGUUCGCGGACUCAUGCGACGCCGUGGCCUUGCUCCGACGACUGCGGUGUUUGCCAACUUGAUGGAGCUCUGUGCGGCGGAUGGGGACUAUUUAAGCGGCUUUGCACUUCUCCGGGAGAUGCGGGCCUGGGGUAGGGAUCCCACGCAUCCCAUUUACGUGAAUCUCAUGAAUGCCUGUGGACGCAGUGGCCAACCAGAGUACGCAAUGGCGGUUCUGGACUUGAUGAAGUCGAAUGGCGUUGCUCCAUCGGAGUCAGCGUACUGUGCUCUUAUCGACGCCUGGGCGCGCAUCAAGCGCCUUGAUCGAGCGUUCGGAGUCUGGAGAGAUAUGCGAGCCGGCGGCUUUGAGCCGCGGCUGCGUACGGCGAGUGCGCUGCUUUCUGCGUGCAGGCGCUGUAAGAAUCUCCAAGUGGCACACUGGCUCUACCAAGCGCUCAGGGCGGAGCUUGCUCGGGAACGACGCACUGCGGAAACUUCCGAAGACGGUACGAAUUCCUUAGCGUCGCAGCAAGUGCAGAUAUUCCGCACGAUGAUGGAACUCGCCUGCGACGUGGGCGACUACCGUCAUGCGGUGCUGAUCUAUCUCACGGAUGCCGCUCAAUCUGGGCUCCUAGAGAGCAAACAUGCACGCUUGGCAUUGAGGUCGAGUCUUCGUCGACUCCGGCAGGCGGUGUUUCGAUGCUCGGCAAGCGGAGACGAUAUGGAGACGCUGCGGAACGCGUUUCGUAACCUGGUCGAUGCACGGGCGGCGCAGAUAUAG